AUGGUCAGCGGCGCAGUCAACGGGCAUGGCCAUUGCCUGCCGGACCCGGAUGUCUGGAAGCGAGCCCCCGUUCUCAAGGGAUCGACUCGGUUCGAACCACGGCCGGAUAUAAAGAACAUCAUGGUCACCGGUGGGGCAGGAUUUAUGCAAGUCGUCCUCGCCGUUACUGCGGGCGUCACGCUGGACAAGCAUACUGACCAAGCUCAACAAUCUCAGCGCAUCCUGGAUUAUUGCUCUUCAUUGAACAACUGCCGGGUCCUCGAUGGCAAGUCUAAUUUCAGAUUUUACCAAGGCGACCUCACCAACCCAUCCCAGGUCCUCGGCUGUAUGGAGGAGCACGCGAUCGACACCGUGCUGCAUUUUGCGGCGCAAUCGCAUGUCGAUUUAAGUUUUGGAAAUUCGUACAGCUUCACCCAUGCCAAUGUAUACGGUACCCACGUUCUCCUCGAAAGUGCCAAGAGGGCAUGCAUCAAGCGUUUCGUUCACGUUUCGACCGACGAGGUGUACGGAGAGAUCAAGGAGGGUGACGAUGAGGUUCUAGAAUCCAGCAUCCUCGCGCCGACCAACCCCUACGCCGCGAGCAAGGCCGCUGCCGAAAUGCUGGUCCAGUCGUAUCAGAAGAGCUUCAAGCUUCCAACCAUCAUCGUGAGGAGCAACAAUGUCUAUGGACCUCAUCAGUAUCCUGAAAAAAUAAUACCCAAGUUCGCCUGUCUUCUCGAACGGGGUCGACCGAUGGUGAUACACGGCAAUGGCAGUCCCACUCGACGUUAUCUCUACGCAGGUGACGCUGCUGAUGCCUUCGACACCAUCUUACACAAGGGCCACAUUGGAAGCAUUUAUAACGUUGGAUCUUCCGACGAGGUUUCCAACCUUGACCUCAGUCACAUGAUCCUUGAUGCAAUGGGCAUCGAGACCGACAAUCCUGAGCGUUCUCGCAAGUGGAUCAAGUACACGGAUGACAGGCCGUACAACGAUCGCCGAUACGCUGUUGACGGAUCCAAGCUGCGGGGGCUGGGCUGGAAACAGAAGACAGACCUCUGGGAUGGGCUACGGACGACUGUGGCCUGGUACCGACAGUUUGGAGAGUCAUGGUGGGGGGAUUUGAGCCAUGUCCUGACGCCUUUCCCUGUUGUCAGCGAAGGGGAGGUAAUGCCAGACGAUGACCAUGCGGUGAAAGAUGAGCCGCCGAUACCAGGCGACGAGUGUCCGGCGACGAUGAAGCAGCCCGAUUCGGGCCAGAACGGUUCUCAUUGA